UUCAAUCAAAUUUCCGAAAAAGUGUAUUUGGAGAGAGAGAGAGAAUGUCGGGGAAGGGAGCGAAGGGAUUGUUGACGGGUAAAACCCCAGCUUCAAAGGACAAAGACAAGGACAAGAAGAGGCCUAUCACUCGCUCCUCCCGCGCUGGUCUUCAGUUCCCGGUUGGGCGUAUUCACCGGUUUCUGAAGGCUCGAACGACAGCCCAUGGCAGGGUGGGUGCAACAGCUGCAGUCUACUCAGCCGCCAUUCUAGAGUACUUAACUGCUGAAGUGUUGGAGCUGGCUGGGAACGCCAGCAAAGAUCUGAAAGUGAAGCGUAUCACACCACGGCAUCUGCAGCUGGCCAUACGUGGAGACGAGGAGCUCGACACCCUUAUCAAAGGAACCAUAGCUGGUGGUGGUGUGAUCCCACACAUCCACAAGUCCCUAAUCAACAAGUCGUCCAAGGAGUGAACGCUGCUAGGUGUCCUUUUUUGUCUCUCCACAAAUUUCAACGGUGGUCGACCGGCUGAUCGUGGAGGUGGUUUUUAAGGUAUUGGGGCCACGAGCUUAGUCUGUGUACAUUUUUUGUAGUAUUUUGCUACAAUGUUUGUAGACAAGAAUGGUGUUCAUUGUUAUCUGUUUCAAGAGUUUUCUGUGAA